UUCUGUUUGGACGAUUCUCAACUCUCAAGUUGGUUUGAGCGACUUGACUCGGAUUUGGGACCUUUUCCACGUCCUGAGGCAGGCGCAGCAAUGGAGAAGGCGUGACCGCCACGUGCUUUGUGUGGUCGACGUUUAGGUUUACGCGCGUCCGCGGCCCGCGUCAUGCGCCACGACGACUCUGCCAGCCGGAGGAAGGGCACCGCCCCGCGCCGCCGACACCUUCCUCUGCCGCCGACACCCCCCGCGGCAUCCCCACGUGGGCGCCGUCCGCCGGCGUCCCCCAGGCCGGGCCCGUCCGCGGCCGGCCGGCCGGGUCCCCCGGGGCGCGGGCAGCCGCCUCCGUCGCCCAGGAGGCGAAGGUUCCGCCCGGGGGCCAGGGCCCUGAUGGAGAUCCGCAAGUACCAGAAGAGCACCGAGCUUCUCCUCAGGAAGGCGUCGUUCGCUCGCCUGGUCCGUGAGGUGUGCCAGGCAUCCGGCAGAGGCUCCUACAGGUGGCAGGUCUUCGCUCUGAUGGCGCUUCAGGAAGCGGUCGAGGCCUUCUUGGUAUUGCUGUUCUCUGACGCCAACCUGUGCGCCAUCCAUGCCAAGCGGGUCACCCUGUUUCCCCGGGACCUCCAGCUGGCCCGACGCAUCCGCGGGGCCCAAAACCCUCUCUGAGCAAGAUGGCCACUGCACCGUUGGACAGUUAAUUGUUUACAUUUUGUGUUGUUAAUGUUUUGUCAUGUUUAUAUUUUCUAAUAGAGUUAUUGUUUCAACUGGA